AUGGUGCGCCAAUUACCAUUGUAUGGUAUUCAAUCUAUAACUGCCACGGAUCCAUUCUAUUGGAUGUGUAUAAUUCUUGCAAGCAGUCGUGGCACUGUUAUGGAACUCGGGAUAACACCGAUCAUAACAUUAGGCUUUGUAAUGCAAUUGCUUGUUGGCUCAAAAAUCAUUCGAGUUGACAAUAAUGUCCGCGAGGAUCGGGCUCUUCUAAAUGGAGCACAAAAAUUACUGAGUAUAUUGAUAGCCAUUGGUGAAGCUGUUGCUUAUGUUUGCUCAGGAAUGUAUGGAAGUGUUGAUCAAAUUGGAAUUGGAAAUUCCAUCCUUAUUAUUUUUCAACUCUUCUUUGCUUCCAUUAUUGUCAUAUCCCUAGAUGAGCUUCUACAAAAGGGUUAUGGCUUAGGCUCAGCUAUUUCACUUUUCAUCACAACAAACAUUUGUGAGAAUAUAAUAUGGAAGGCGUUUAGCCCAGUCACUAUUAGCAAUAGUGGCCGCGGAGUUGAGUUUGAAGGUGCUGUUAUAGCUCUAUUCCAUCAAUUAUUAACCCGAACAGACAAAGUUGGUGCUCUUCGCGAAGCAUUUUUUAGGCAAAAUUUGCCUAAUGUCACGAAUUUGCUCUCAACUAUCAUGAUUUUCCUCGUUGUUGUCUACUUUCAAGGGUUUCGUGUUCUUCUUCGAGUGAGAUCGAAGAAUGCUCGUGGACAACAAGGCUCAUAUCCUAUCAAAUUGUUUUACACCUCCAACAUGCCUAUUAUACUUCAAUCUGCACUUGUUUCCAACAUUUACUUUAUCUCUCAGUCAUACCAGUUUUUAGUUGUUAAGUGUCUAUUAAGCCCGUUAAGUGCCAGCUUAGAAGCACGUGACAAUAUAUUUCUUUAG